AUGGGUAUCACUGGGUUGAUUCCUUUUAUUGAAAAAGCCUCUAGAAGGGCUAACAUAAAUGAAUUUAGUGGGUCUACUGUUGCAAUCGAUAGCUAUUGUUGGCUUCAUAAAGGUGCUUUUGCCUGUGCUGAUAAAUUAGUACGAGGAGAAGAGACGGAUAUCCAUAUAAGGUAUUGCUUAAAAUAUGUGACUAUGUUGCUUUCAAACAACAUAAAACCUAUAUUAGUUUUUGAUGGACGUCACCUUCCAGCUAAGGCAAUGACUGAGCUUAAACGACGAGAGUCAAGAGAUAUAUCAAGAAAGAGAGCAGCAGAAUUGUUAAGUUUAGGAAAGACCGAAGAAGCCCGUUCUUAUAUGCGUCGUAGUGUAGACAUAACUCACGCUAUGGCCUUACAACUUAUCAAAGAAUGUAGGAAUCGUAAUGUGGAUUGUAUAGUAGCCCCAUACGAGGCAGAUUCUCAAUUGGCCUACCUGAAUGUUAAGAAUAUUGCACACCUAGUUAUCACUGAGGACUCUGAUUUAAUUCUGUUCGGAUGUACAAAGGUUAUGUUCAAACUGGAUUUUAAUGGAACAGGGACAUUAGUUGAAACGGCGAAGCUGCCAUUAGUAAUGAAAUGUCCGAUAGAGAGAUACAGCUUCGAAAAGUUCCGACAGAUGUGUAUUAUGUCUGGAUGUGAUUAUUUAGCUUCUCUGCCUGGAAUCGGCCUGGCUAAAGCGAGACAGUUUGUCACAGCAACACAGGAUCCAGUAUUCGCUAAUGCAUUAAAGAAAUUGCCGGGCUUCUUUAACAGAUCAAACCUUGUAGUAACUGAUGAGUACAGAGAAGGUUUUCUUAAAGCAGAGGCGACUUUCAAACACCAGUAUGUUUAUGAUCCCAUCAAGAGGAGAAUGUGUAGAUUGGAGGACCCUGACGAUUCAGAUGUUGAAACAGCGCUGUGCGUGAACGCAGGCGAACUAUUAGAUCCGAAAGUAGCAUUUCAAUUGGCAUUGGGCAAUUUGGAUCCGUUCACGCUGAAGAAAAUGGACGACUGGGAUCCUGAUAACCGUGAUAUUAAUAGGGACAAUAUUAAAACAAGCAAUUGGAAAGACAGAGGUGUAGCACCUCAUCCGAGUAUAUGGAAUCCCGACUUCAUCAAUUACUCAGGCAAGACAAGUCCCUGGAAGAAGGAAGUGAAGCAGCCAGAAGAAAUAAUUAGUACUAAAACUAGACCUAGGAAGAAUGUUGUUAAUCUAGACACUAAAUAUGUUCCAGAGACCCAGGAUCAAGAGGAGAGCUUAUCCAUAGAAACGCUAAGCAACAUUAGUAUUACACCUGAUCUCAAACCUGAACUAGAAAAGACAUCCCCUAUACUUUUGAAUAAAGGAAAAUCGUUUAGGAAACGCUUGAAAAAUGGCAGUUACUGCGUAUUAAAGCAAUUGAGCCGCUUUCCAAGAACGAUUUUGGACGAAAACGUUAUAGAGAGCAAGUUUUUCUCGACAGACAACGAUAGAAACAAGAUUUCUCCAUGUAAAGAAAGUUUGGGCGAUGCCUUAGAUGAAAAAGCAGGGACUUCCCCUAACAAGAAUUUAGGGGAUUCCCCGACCAAAACUGAGAAUACCCACAACCAAAAUGACAUACUAAUAAAUAGUACAGACGCAUCUGUUGUUAUUAUAGAUGAUCCCGUGGAUAAAAUAAUUUGCUUAGACAAGAGUACAGAUAGCGCAUUGAGUUUUUCCGAAGAAUUGGAAAGUUCGCAGAAGGAAAAUUCGCCGGUGAAAACGCCGCGGCGGGAAAACGUUAGUCCCGUAUUACCCAGUCCAAGGAAUCCAUUCAGGAAACAAAACCAGGAUUCCCAAGAUUCCGUUAUAGAGUGUACUUACCCGAUGGAGCAGUUGGUAACCCCUGUUGAUACUCAAGAAAGUUUCGGGGAAUCCCCACAGAAGGUUUCACAGUCGCUCAGUCAAUUCACGUUUACGAAUAAUGUUAGAAAUACGAAGAAAGGGACUUGUAAAGUGCCCGGGCUGAAGAAAAAAGCCCUGCCAAGUAACCAGCCCACCUUACUAAAUAUGUUUGGAUUUCAGAAAAAACCAGUGUUAAGAAAGUAA